ACCCUCCUCCCGCUCCCCGGCCGCCGCGCGCGCGCACGCCGGGCUCGGUACGCGCCGUGAACGCGCCCGUGCGCGCGCCCCGCGGCUCCAGCCCCGCGCUCGGAGCCGCCUUCGCCGCCACGGUCCGCUCGCGGGGCCGCCGCCGCCUCCCGGCCGGCUCCGUCCGCUGCCCGCCGCUCGCCCCGACCAGGACGCCGAGCUCGACGAGGAUGCGUGGGCCCGUCCCGCGCGGCCCCGGGUGAGGCCCGCCGCGCCCGCCGGCGCCAUGGGACGGAGCGGGCGCCGCAGCUGCUGCCCCCCGCCGGCCCGCGCACAGCCCGAGCCCCGCCGCCGGCAGCCCCCGGCCGCGGGCCCCGGAGAGACGCCGGCGGCGCCUGGGAGCGUGGCGCGGGCCCGGGGCCCCGCGGAGGAGCGCAGCGCCCAGUGAAGCCCGAGGGCCCGCCGUGCCGCCGCCAUGGUGAUGUCCCAGGGCACCUACACGUUCCUCACGUGCUUCGCGGGUUUCUGGCUCAUCUGGGGGCUCAUCGUCCUGCUCUGCUGCUUCUGCAGCUUCCUGCGCCGCCGCCUCAAGCGGCGUCAGGAGGAGCGGCUGCGCGAGCAGAACCUGCGCGCCCUGGAGCUGGAGCCGCUCGAGCUGGAGGGCAGCCUGGCCGGGAGCCCCCCAGGCCUGGCGCCGCCGCCGCCACCGCACCGUGGCCGCCUAGAGGCCCCGGCUCACGCGCACCCGCACGUGCAUCCGCUGCUGCACCACGGGCCCGCGCCGGCGCACGCGCACCACCACCACGCGCUCCCGCACCCGCCGGCGCCGCACCUGUCCGUCCCGCCGCGGCCCUGGAGCUACCCGCGCCAAGCGGAGUCGGACAUGUCCAAACCGCCCUGCUACGAGGAGGCGGUGCUGAUGGCCGAGCCGCCACCGCCCUACAGCGAGGUGCUCACGGACACGCGCGGCCUGUACCGCAAGAUCGUCACGCCCUUCCUGAGCCGCCGCGACAGCGCGGAGAAGCAGGAGCAGCCGCCGCCCAGCUACAAGCCGCUCUUCCUGGACCGAGGCUACACGUCGGCGCUUCACCUGCCCAGCGCCCCGCGGCCCGCACCGCCCUGCCCGGCGCUCUGCCUGCAGGGGGACCGCGCCCGCCGGGUCUUCCCCAGCUGGACCGACUCGGAGCUCAGCAGCCGCGAGCCGCUGGAGCACGGGGCUUGGCGCCUGCCGGUCUCCAUCCCCUUGUUCGGGAGGACUACAGCCGUAUAGAACGGUGCCUGGCGCCCCACCCGCGGACUACUGGCCUGACUGUGGGUCUUUUUAAAUGCUUCCCUUGGACUGCAGGGGGGUGGGGGGAGGGGGCAUUUCUUACCCCGUUUGUUACAUUUUGAGGAUAAUAAAGGUGUGUGAUCUGGUUUGGUACAA